AUGGUAUUGGCUGCAAAAGGGAAAUUGCUAGUUGUACUUCGUGAUGGACGCAAACUCAUUGGUGUAUUAAGAUCUUUUGAUCAAUUUGCAAAUCUUGUAUUACAAGACACAAUAGAACGAAUCUACGUUGGUGAUGCGUAUGGAGAUAUUCCUCGGGGAAUCUUUAUUAUUAGAGGAGAGAAUGUAGUUCUAUUGGGAGAAAUUGAUUUAGACAAAGAAGAUGAAUUACCUCUCCGACAGGUACCUGUAGAGGAGAUCCUAUUAGCACAACGUGAAGAAAUAGAAGCAAGACAAAGGCGAGAAAAGCUUAAGAAUAAACUAUUACAUGAUCAAGGAUUUAGUGUAGAUUUUACAGAAACAGAUUUGUAUUAA